CGAAAGAUGAGAAAGUUAUCAUAUCGACAAGUUGUGAGAGUGAAGAAAUGGGAGGGAUUUGCGGUAAAUUUGGAUGCGGUGAAACACUUUCACGUGCGAUAGAUCGUCGCUCCUCUGACGUAAGGGCAUAUCUCCAUUACGACUUGAGCCCUGUCCUCCGUAUAACUCCAUACUUCCCGAGGCUCAUAUGGAAAUCGAGAUAUGCCCUCACGUCAGAGGUGUGACGAGAUGAGUGGGCAAGUGAAAUCUCAAACGAGAUUAGAUCCAUUCUACUUGUGGAUCAAAGCGCUCGGUUGAUUUCGCGAUCGAAUGGAGAGAUCAUGUUGAACUUUAUUACAGGUGGAAUCCAGCGCCAAUUAGCGGCAUCUUUGAUAGCUGGUUUCUCGUGUUUCAUCGGCGGAUCAUUGAUGGGAUGGCCGGCCCCGACGUUGAAGAAAUUCCGGGAGCCAAACUCGGCGGUCCGCAUGACCCCUUCGGAGGAAGCCUGGAUGGUGAACGCCCUGUACAUCAUGUCGAUGUUGUGCACCCUGCCGAUAGGGGCGGUUAUGAACCGGAUCGGCCGGAGGACGACCAUGCUCGUUCUAUGUGCCUCCCCGACCAUCUCCUGGAUAAUGAUCUACUUCGCUCGAACCAGUUUCGUGCUCAUCGCCGCUCGAGCGAUCGCUGGAUUUUGGCUCGGUGGUUGUCUAACGGUGCUGCCUAUCUACAUCGCUGAAAUCGCCGAACCGCGCGUACGAGGAAUCGCUGGUUGCUUCAUGAUGCUCAACGCUAUGGUGGGCAUGCUUUCCGCUUUCGCGAUCGGCCCAUUACUCUCUGUUCUGACAGUGGCGGUCAUCAACCUCGUCUACCCUAUACUCUUCUUCGUCCUCUUCCUGUUCUGCCCGGAGUCCCCAUACUUCUACGCCAUGCGAGGGCGCCACGCGGCCGCGGGGAGGGCGCUGGCCUGGCUCAGGGGAGGGGCGCCCAUCGAGGGCGAGCUCACCAUCAUCCAAACGUCCAUCGAGGACGAGGCAAAGGCGGGCCAGGGCUAUGUGACGAGGAUGCUCCUGUUCAUCACCAAUGCCGCAAACCGAAAAGCCUUCUUCAUCGUCGAGAUUAUGAAUUUUUUGCAAAGAUUUUCUGGCUUGAGCGCUUUGGCAGCUUUCUCCACCGUAAUCCUUCCAAACCGAAUCGGACCUCUGACCGCUGACCACUGCACCUUCUUCAUGGGCGUCAACUGGCUCGUGGCAAGCGUCUGCUGCACCUGCCUGAUCGACAAAGUGGGCAGAAAACCCCUCCUCUAUCUAUCGGGCAUCGGGAUAUUCGUCUCCAUGUUCCCGACGGCCGUCUGGUACUACCUGGACAGGGAGACGUCAACUGACGUCACUCGGGUCAACUGGGUUCCGUUCGCGGGGUUCCUGCUUUUCGGCUUCACCAUGGACAUCGGUCUUGGAUGCAUCGCCCCGAUUUACACGGGCGAGAUGUUCCCGAGCAACCUCAAAGCUCAGGCCGCCGCCUUGUCGAAUAUGGUAGCUUCGAUCUCGUCGACCUUGAGUACGGCUUUGUUCGUGGUGAUAAGCGAGAAAGUCGGAUUGUACGCUAAUUUCUUGGUCUUCGCGUCGGUUGGAAUCGUCGUUUUUCUCUUCACGUACUUCUGUGUGAUCGAAACGAAAGGCAAGUCCUUGCAGAUGAUCCAGGAGGAGUUACAUUGCAAACCGCGGAAAAAAUCGGAGAAUGAUCACGAGAAAGCAGUUACGAAUUGAGAAGAGUGAUUUGCGAUGUAUCGAUUGAUCUGCCAUUUAAACUUAUGGAGAAGGUUCAAUAAAGAGGGUGUCAGCAACGAAUACCUUAAUAAUCGAUUCUUUAACAUAGCUUCAAUUGGGAAAUAUCGAUAAUCGAUCAUUCACGCCUCGCCACUGAAAGUGAAGUUGAAAGGAAACGGAAAGUUGGUGGAGGCAAAUGCUCGGACCCUAGAUUCGGUUGUUACUGGUGAAUCAACAGGAUUUAUAAACUGAAAAAAGUCCGGUGUUCUAUACCGGUUGCAUUAAUCGGUCUAUUUAACCGUACUAUUUGUCGUAGGAAACGUAGUAUCCUUGGUUGAUGCAACCGAGCUUUCAAACCAAUAACGCAACGAUAAAAAAAGCUCAGUCGCAUGAGCAGAAUGUGCGGUUACAAGAACCAAACAGUGCGGCCGAUAUAGAACGCCGUACUUAAAGUUCAGGUGGUCGAAAUGUCUUUCUCAAUGUACAAUCCGAAAAUCGUCAAACUCAGGAAGCUUUGAGGAUGAAAGAGAAAAGAACCAGGAAUAAGUUGAGAAUUCUAGCAUGAAAUCGGCAAAAUCAGAUGUUUGAAUCACCUACUCGGUUGAAAAAAAUUAUGUGUGUAUGUUUCGCUUAACGGUGAUAACUUUGAAUUUCAAUGUCUUUAGUGUCCAUUCAAUUAUUGUAGUCUUAUGUAUUCAAAUUAUGAUUCUGUCUCAAAAGCGGCAAAAUUAAAAUAGAUUUAUCAACGCAAAUAUUGUAGAAACUAUAUUUAAGGCAUAUGUAACUCACUUGGGAACAGCCCAUGAAAGAUAGUUCUAAUAACUGUGUCUUUCAGUGGUAGUAUUUUGGAACGUUGGAAAACAUUCUCAAGUGUGCAUUAAUCCAUGCCAUUUUUUCAAACUACAAAUGUACUGAUGUAACGUUCUAGCUGAUUCAUUUUUUGCUUUGGCGUGUAAUUUAAGAUCAUUGAUUCGUUGUGGAACUUGUACAGAUGAACUCUCAUGUAAGUCUUUAUUCUAUUCAUAAAUGAUCUCAUUAUUAAAAUUUAUUUUCCAAAAAUUA